UGUUAAUAAUCGAAGAUUAAAAGGGGGAAAACAUCUAGGAUUUCUUCUCAUGCGAUAAAAAUCCAAAAAAAAGGAAUAUUUAUUGACCACAUGUGAAUGUGCUUGGUGCAGUGACAGAUUGAAUAUUUUCUACAGCCAAAAUAAAUAGAAAACGGUGCCACGAGCGAUAGUGAAUUUGCAUUAAAAUCACAUAGUGUCAUCUCGGUUACUGAAUUACUAUUUGCAUCGCAAUACCCAGUGGUUUUUCGGUGCAAGUGAUUUCGAUUCCGGAUUUGACUAACAUUUUUCUUGCGAAGUUGUGAAUUGAUUGUGUGUACGGUGUGCCAUGCGGGACCUGGCUAACAAAAUGGCUGAGUUAAAAUUUGAAGCUCCUCUGGCCAAAUUUGAAGAGACUGACGAAUGGGGUCCAGUUGACUACCAAUCAUCGAAUGCAACGCUUAAAGCAGCAAUCACCGAUGCACUCAAUUUGAAUUUAAAAGAGAAUGACAACUUGUACUUGUUGGAGGAGGCAAUCAAAGGUAGUUGCAAUAACACCAACAACAAGGAUAAUAACAAUAAAAUUGACGAAAAACCAGCAGCGACCGACCUCAAAUCGGACGCAUUGAAUCGCAAUCUGAAAGACACGAUGGAUAAUUUUGCCGAAGCAUUCACCGGAAGCUUGGAGGAUCUGGUGAAUACAUUCGAUGAGAAAAUCACAAAAUGCUUUGGCAAUUAUGAACAAUCGGUCGAGGAAUUGGCACCGGUACAGGUUCGAAGCCAAGAGGAAAUCAUGAACGAAUGCCAAAUGUGGUGGACUAUAACUGGAAACUUUGGUAACAUAUUGCCGAUCGAUUGGUCCAAGUCACAUGCACGUCAAAUGCACAUGCCAGCAUUGCAGCUGAAUCAACGAUUGGCCGAAACCCCCGACGAUGAAUUGAAUGAUUUGAGUUCGGAAGACGAGGCUGUGGCUAAUGAUCUCGACAUGCACGCUUUGAUUUUGGGCGGGCUGCACACCGAAGACGAACCGAUCAAAUCGGCCGAAGAAGUGAUUAAGGAAAUCGACGACAUCAUGGAUGAAACUUCAUCGGACAAUGAAGACGUUGGCGAGGUGUCGGAAGUUAUGGAAAAAGCAAAAGAAGUCUUGGGUGCACCACUCUAUGAAGAAAAAUUGCAAAAAAUGUCAAUCACACAGCUCAAUGAACUUUAUAUGGAAAUGGAAGUGUUAAUUCGCGAGUUUUCCGAGACUCUGAUAAACGAAUUGGCGUUGCGCGAUGAACUCGAAUACGAAAAAGAAAUGAAAAACACAUUCAUUUCAUUGCUGUUGGCCGUACAAAAUAAACGACGUCAAUAUCAUGUCGAGAAGAAGCGUAACAAAACACAAGGCAAAACAACAACAUCAAAUGGUUUGGAACCAAAAUACUUGACUACAGUAAUUCCAUAUCAUCCAGAAAAUGGCACACCAGACAAUCCAGCUCUGCAAGUUUUGAUAAAAAUUCUGAAAGCGAUAAACGAAGACAGUCCAACGGUGCCGACGCUUCUCACAGACUACAUAUUGAAAGUGCUGUGUCCAACGUAAGCUGAAACCGACAACCAUUUCAAGUGAAACCAAAUUCAACUUACUAAGAAAAAAAUACACUCACAAACACAAACAAAUAAAAAAACCACAAAAACACAUUAAUUUAUAUUUCAAAAAUACUUUCUACUGUCGUUCUAACUCCUGCUAAUAAUUUGCUACAGAAAAAAACACUAUUGUUAUCCAGCAAAUACAAAAUGCUCUGAACAACAGAGAUAGAUAUGUAAUUUUUCUUUGUUUUUUUUUUCUUUUGAAGAAAUCGCAUGAACAAGUCUAGUUAUUUAUAAUAAGCGAAAGAAGAGAAUUAAAAAAUGAAAAAUACAAAAUAAAGCAGCAAACUUUACAAAUAGCU